CAGUAAAACCCAAGAGCACAAAACGCAUCCAACUCCAAUUUCCAAGCCAACAACAACAUCUUCUCUUCUUCUCUAGAUCUCCAUUGGGUUCUCUCACUCAUUAUCAAAAGAGCACUAUAAUUAACCCUUAAUCAUAAUUAAGGGUCAUAAAAAACGUUGGGUUUUUAGGUCCCACUGUAUGUUAUUCCUACCAAUCAUGAUAGGGCGUUGACCCCGCAAAGCUCAUCAAUAAACUUGGAAACUGUUAUAGAAUUCUCAGAGAAGCUGAAACUAGCGAGCUAAACUGGUGCUUGAGCACGAAAUCUGCAGCAUACAGACAGGGAGGAGAUAUCUACAAAUUACUGUUUACUUUGGGGAAAUCCGAGUCCAGUUCUAAGGGGCCUGGGUGCUAAACAGAGAAAUUUCAAGUGUAAACAAUGGCAUCCAAAGCCUUGUUCUCAAUCAUUCCACGUGUAAAGCGAAAGGAGGAAAAGGAGGAAAGAAAGAGAUCAUUCUUGAAGAAUGGAAGCAUGUUACUAAAGGAUCUUAUUGCUUCUUGUGAUGGAAAAUCUCAUCCUAUUCGUUGUCACUCUGCUGCUGAGUUCAUCAGAGCUACCAACAACUUUGAUCGUUCUUGCAUUAUAGAUGGAUUACACUACGGGAAAAACAUGUACAAGGGUAUUCUAGACGACCGAACAGUUAUCAUUAAGCAGCAUUAUAGCAUCGACGAGGCUAUUCGUGAUAUUAUCAUAUCAAUGCAGAUGAGCACCCAUAAGAAUUCCUUGAAAUUAUUAGGCUGCUGCUUAGAGUUCGAUACACCGGCUUUGGUGUUUGAAAAUGCAGGAAAAGGAGGUCUCAAAUAUGAUGGGAGUUUAGUAGUGGAUAAUGAAUUAUUACCAUGGAAAACUAGACUGCGUAUUGCAAAGCAGCUUGCUAGUGCACUUACAUACCUACAUACUGCCUUUCCAAGGCCCAUCGUUCAUAGGAGUAUAACAUCCCACUGCAUUUUAUUGGACGAUGACUAUGUUCCCAAACUCUUGGACUUUUCAUUCUCCAUAACCAUUCCUCCUGACCAAUUCUAUGUUCAAGAAAAUUUCGCAAAAGGGACAUUUGGGUACGCGGACCCUACUUACGCAAAUUAUUGUCAAAGUUCAGAAAAAACUGAUGUUUAUAGCUUUGGUGUGCUUUUACUUGUAUUCUUGAUGCGACGAGAAGCUGUGGAUGGAAACUCAGGACAUGAGGAACUUACUAAAGAUCCGAAACUUAAUGUUUCUGAUGGACAGAUUCAAAUAGAGACAAUUGCGGACCCUAAAAUCCUUGAGGAAGUCAGGGGAGAUGAGCAAGCACAACAGCAACUGAAGGAUUUCCUAGCACUGGCAUUGUUGUGCAUCCAAGACCAAAGUGAAGCAAGGCCAGAUAUGAUUGAUGUGGCCAAAGAGCUUGUACGAAUUGACAAGUCUAUCUUGCCUUAACUAGCUAGCUAUUCAAGUUUUAUUUUGCAGUUUGCUGUUUGUAAGACGAAAAUAGGCUAUUCAAGUUUUAUUUUGUUUUUUUUAUGUCGUCCAUGUCGUAGAUAGGGCUAAAGCCUGACCCAAUUUUUUGUAAAACU